AAAAUAGUCUUUACCCCAGGGGUGGGCAUAAAAAUCGUUCAGAGGGCCAAAAUGAAUUUUUGAUUUAACACUGAGGGCUGCACCCAAACUUCGAUGUUUCCAGUGUGCUUCCAAAAACAUCCGAGCACUUCUUUUACAUCACUUUAUUCUCAGUUUUAAUGUUACUUUUUAUGUAUGAUGGGUGUCGGGUCAUAAAAACCAAUUUUGAUUGGCGGGCUGCAAACAGGGUUAUUCGUUGUCGCAGGCAAUCUGUCCACCGCCCCAAAUAUUCUGCCUGUUGGAUCGCAGUUUUAUAAUGUUGCAGGUGUUCUAAAGGUUUCUAGUAUAACCAAUCCCCAUAUUUCUGAUAGAUUACUGAUUAAUAGUCAAGACAAUGCAAAAAUGUAUUGCAGUUUUGUCUAUAUCUUUUCUGACAGGAGUGGGAAUUUGCCAGACCACCAGGCACUACAAUCACAAUUUUUUUUAAAUAUCAUUUUAUCUCUCACCCUGACCUUCGCCAUAGCGAACGGUGCGAAGGGCUGGAUCCGCGCCUGCAAUAUACAUACAGUAGUUUGAAAGUGUACCAGAGCAAUAUUAUUUUCGUUCAUAGGUCUAAUCUUAGAUUUUUGUCAAUGUUAAAUGCAAAAUACUAAAAUAACAACAAUGCCUGUGUUGAAUUCAGAGUGUUUUUAUUGCUUUGCUUCAUCAUAGCCCUGAUGUUAGUUUAAAACAUAUUUUUAUAAAAAAAAUAAAUUAAAAAAAAACAACUGCAGAUUCAGGGGCGGAUCCAGAGAAUUUCUGACGGGGUGGGGGCACAAAAUGAAGUUCACGCCGCCACGCCCACCUCAGCCCCACCAUGGUUGGUGUAAAUAAGUGGUAAAUAACUGAGAUCUCCUUUCCACUGCUGUAUCGCCAAUGAACUCGUGGGUACACCCCUUUUUUCCCUCUUUCCUCUCUUUAAAAUUUUUCUCCCUCUUUAAUUUUUUGGCUUGACUGACCUGGGGGAGCCCCCCCGCUGGAUCCGCCACUUGCGGAACAUCAUUAACAUUGGUGUAUACGAUGGAAGAACAGCAAAUUUUUCCCGGGCCUCUGGCCAUUAAACCCUGGCCGGGGGAUCUUGGCAGCCCCUGGUCUCCAGCCUCAGUGCUUGCUUCGCUCACAACUUGACCACUUGAAUUCUCGUCGCUACGGCCCUGUAAUCCAAUUACUCUCUUUCACAACAGUAAUAUGAAUGCUUACGACACGGGUUACGACACCACGUAGUCAUCAAGAGAAUAGUAAUAUUCUCUCUAGCUAGUAUUUUGGUGACUGAAGCAACUCAAUCGAAACGUGAAGGCACUCAACAAAAAAUAACUUUUCAUACUACGUGUUGUAGCACAAUGAUUUCUUAUUACGAUGUUAAUUAUAGCAUUGCAGUAAUGAUAAGCUCUGUUUUUAAGGAAUUGUGAGUGUUCUGUUUCAAUGACUGUUAUGGUCUAAUAAGGACAUUUUUUAAUAUGAUUUUUUUUUAAAUGGUAACUUCAGUAAAGUUAUAAAAAAAAAUCUAAAUAUAAAAUAAUUCUAAAUAUAUAAUAACAAAACAUGAAAAUCCAAUUAAAAAAGUUAGCCAGGUUUUCAGCUAUUUGACCAUCCCAGAGACGAUACUGGUUCUGCAUUGUAAUAGGCCUGCUAACGGUUCUGUUAUCUUUAUUUAAACCUAAUGUAAAUAGACAAAUUCACCUGAGUCAUUAAAAUUGAUAUGUACUUGAUUCUUAAACUGAUACUGUAUAAAUAUGUUUAUCAUCCUUUGGGUUUAACGUGUUAUUUAUGGAGCGCGCUUUCGCUCAGUAUUCGAUUCAUGAAUUGCAGUUCGAUCUCGUUACGUUGCAGCCAUGUCCAUAACUGUAUAUUACCACCCUUUAUCGCAGCCGAGUCGUGCAAUCGUGUUGUUUUGCAGACUGAACAAAAUAAAACACGAGACCAAGGUAGUCGAUUUUAGUAAAGAAGAACAUAAAUCGCCCGAGUACACAGCUAUCCAGCCAUCACAAGUUGUGCCAGCAAUCAAAGAUGGUGACUUUUGUCUUGGAGAAAGCACUGCGAUUGUAAGGUAUCUUGCGGCCAAGUACAAGGUAGCUGACCACUGGUAUCCAGCUGACCUCAAGGCUAGAGCACGAGUAGAUGCCUACCUGGCCUGGCAACACACCGGUCUCAGGAAAGCAGGCUGCGAUGUUAUGAUAAAUGAGGUGUUUACUCCAAGGUCUACUGGUAAGAAAGAUCAAGAGGCCGUCGACAAGUACGUCAAGACUGCCGAGGAAACUAUUGGGAAAAUGAACAAGAUCUUCUUAAAGGGACAGAAGUUCUUGUGUGGAGAGGAAAUAUCAAUUGCUGACUUGUUCGCAAUAUGCGAGUUAAUACAACCGCUCUCAUGCCCAUCUGGCAAAGGUUUGCUGAAGAACCAACCAGAGAUAACUGAGUGGAUGAAACGAGUGGAAGCUAUCCUCAACCCAGACUAUGACGAAAUGAACAAGCAGUUGAAGAUGACGUGCGAACAAGCAUAGCUUGCACAUUAAAAUUCCACCGAAGUGAUACGAGGCUAGACGAAAGUACUCAAGAGAUGCAUUCAAUAAUAAUAAUAAUAAUAAUAAUAAUAAUAAUAAUAAUAAUAAUAAUAAUAAUAAUAAUAAUAAUAAUAAAUGAAUUUAUAUAGCGCAAAUAAACGAGGUCU